AUGGCAGUGAAAGCAGCCAGUAAGUUUAUCGCCUCGACAAAGAUCGCUGGAUACCUUCUUUGUGCAACUUUUUCCAUCAUUGCUAGUACGAUACUCAAUUUUGGGACAUGGAAUGUUUGUGGUCUCUCCACCACUCACAGGCAACAUCUUGUUGCAGAGGACAUCGACAGAUACGAUUUAGAUAUUUUGGCCUUACAAGAAACCAAAACUCGUGAAUUCUUGGAAACAACACUUCCCGGUCAUCAUAGACUGUUUCUGUUUGACCAGAAGCAGGGUAGACAUGGAGGUCUUGGUUUUGUUGUUAACAAGCGUUUUAUGGACAGUGUUUUAUCGCAUCAUCAGAUCAGUGACAGAGUCGUUUACAUGGACGUUAAACUAAAGCCCAAUUGGGUAAACAAACCACCUUGUUAUAUCAGAAUUAUUAAUUGUUACAGUCCUACUAAUCCAAAAUCAGUCCAGAACCCUCAACUAGCUGAUAAAUUUUAUGGUGAGCUUCUUGAGGCUAUCAGUGUUCCUGCUCGAUUUGAAGUAUGGAUGUUAGGUGACUUCAAUGCCAAGUUAGGCAAGCGUUCACUUGUUGAUGAAGAAAAUGGUUUACAGCAGCACAUAGGUAGGCAUGGUGUUGGUAGAAGGAACGAGAAUGGAGAGAGAUUGUUACAUUUUCUGGCAGCAAAUGGCUUAUUUGCUACCAAUACUUCAUUCUCCCACAGCAGCAGGCAUAUAACUACACGCACUGGAUGGAUAAGAGACCAAUCCACACGAAAAAGUAAACCAUACUUCUCACAGAUAGACUAUAUACUUUGCAAGUCCAGGAGCAAAGCACUACUGACUGAUGCAAGGUCAUAUGCGGGAACUAAGCACCGCAGUGACCACAAGCUUGUAGUUGCGAAAGCAGAUUUUUCCCUGCGUUAUAGUUUCUACAGGAAGAAGAGGACUACUCAGAAGGCAUUCAACACAACCACUCUUGUAGGUAGCAUUGCAGCGCAACAACAGUUUAAAUCUGCACUUACUGAUAAUAUCAACCGACUAGUAUCUGAACCUGACUAUUCUUCUAAUGAUACUUGUCAACAGUUCGGUAAACUAUUUAAAAGUGUUGAGACUGCUGCUAUCUCCACUGUGGGUCUACGCGAGCCACAGCGAAAGAGACACCACUCUUCUGAUAGUGAAGUUGUUGAAAUGUCAGAGGAAAGAAAACGAUUGCUACAACUUCUGAAUAAUAAUGAAUACAGAGACAGAAAGGACUUGAGAUCAAAAAUUAACAAACUCUCAAAUGACAUUAAGAAGCGACUGAAUACUCUCAGAAUAGAAGUUGCAAACAGUCUUGCAGACUCUAUCAAUAAUACAGACGAUGGCCGUAAAAUGUUUGAAGCUGUCCGGCAACUAUCAGGUAACAAGAAAUCAGACUCCAUCUCUGUUUUUAACGACAACAAUCAACUGGUAGAUAAUGAGAGUGACAAAGCUGACAUUAUACGCAACUAUUUUGAGCAACACUACACAGGACCAGACAGUGAACCUCCACUUGAGCCGUUUGUUGGCAGUUCUCAGCCACUAAACAACCCCAUCACAUCCUUUGAAGUGGAACAAGCUGCCAAAAAGCUAAGAAAUGGUAAGGCUGUUGGUCCUGAUGGUAUUCCUAACGAAUUCCUUAAACACUCCCCACCUAUUUUCUAUUCUACAUUUGCACAGCUGACCAAUCAAUCAUUUGAACGUCAUGAACAUGUACCUUCAUUCACUGAAGGAUUCCUUACCCCACUGCAAAAACCUGUUGUGAAGGAGAAACGCUGGUCUCUACACAAAAUGGGUAUUGAUAUGUCAUCUGCAUUCGACACCAUUAAGAGAUCAGUUUUGCUAGAACUUCUUGCUGAUGCUGGUUGUAGUGAAGACGACAUCCGGCUGGUAAGGUGCCUACUCUCAUGUACCAAACUGAAGAUUAAAGUGAGGUCUGCCGUAUCAGGGGAGUUCAUUGUCACGAUAGGUGCGUUCCAAGGUGAUAGUUUGUCUGGAAACCUUUUCACCCUGUAUUUGGCUGGCGCACUUUAUCACCUUCGUGCCUUUAUGUCUUAUCUAAGACCCAACCCUCCGUUUGCUGAAAACCUGAUACCUCUUGAGUGGGAGUACGCAGACUUCACAGACGAGGAUAAAAAGAAUUUGGAGUCCAUGUUACCAAUAUGCAAGGAGAUAUUGGAGGAGUGGAAUCUUUUUGUCAACGAAUCAAAAACAGAGUUCACACAUAUCUAUCUGGCCGAGAAGAACGAAGUUGAUGAAAAAGGAGAGCCACUUCGAGGAAGAGAGCCCUGGAGAUCAUCUAUCUCACUUGGUUCCAAAUUGUGCAGCAACGAGGACAUAAAAAGACGAUGUAUUCUGGCAAAUCUUGCUUUCCAAACCUACAAGAAAGUUUGGGAACAAGGUAAACGCAUACCUCUUAAGACCAGACUUAAGAUCUACGAAGCCCAGGCGACCAUGGAAGAACAAGAUAUUGUUAUCAAGAUAAGAGACGGAGAUCCUUUGCUGGUCUCAAAAGAACGACUCACAGCUGAGAGUCGUAUGUUUCGUUACCUAAUAGAAGAGCUUAAGUAUGAUGAGCUUGAAUUCGACGACUUUACACCAGAAGCUGUGGGCUUGUUUCUAACCUUACUAGAGGACAAGCAGUUUGUAGAGAUUGAAGAUCAUAUGUACAAAGAGAUACAUUAA